CCCAAUGUCUUGCUCUCCUCCAUCUCACUUGUCGCCGAAGCAUGUGCUACUCUGACGAGGAGGCUCUAUCGUAUCGAUUAUCUGUUACUAUUUCGACAACGAUCUGCUAGUCUCGUCUUCCAUUCCGGUCUCUACUAUAAAAUCUGGGGUCGUGUUCCCACUAAAGGGCAAGUGGCUAAGCACUUGGCUGAAUUGAGAUUUCUUUCUAUUACUGGAGAUGGAUUGAGAUUUCUAAAGUAUAGAUAUAUUCUCUGAAAGAGAAUUAGAAAUAGAGGACCAAAUUGAAGCUACUUUGGAGCCUCCUGUCGAUUUAGAGAGGAUGUGAUUAUGUGUCGUUUGUUUGAGAGUAAAAAUGAAAGGGUGAAGCUGGAGAUAAUGGCGUGUGAGGUCGGCGAUGAUGAAUAAUGAUGAAGAUGAUCGGCGAAGGAGGGUGCAGAGAAGAGAGGUUAAAGACGUUACCAAGAGAGAGAGAUGAUGAGUAUUUGGGAGAUGAAGAUGCAAAUCUGCGAUAGUUUCUAGUGGGGAGGAUAGGAAAUUCGAUGAGGGUUAGAUGAGGAGAUGAUCGAAGGGACGAGGAAUGGCAAUGCGUCACCGUGGGGCCGGAAUCCCGCAGGCACUUUUAGUGGACAAAAACUUAUUUUUAACCUGUUAGGUUUGAAGAUUUUAGUAUUUUACUAUGAUAUUUUUAGCUUCUCAUCUUAUUAGAUUUGUAACUUUUACCUUAUCACCUUAUAUUAUGAAACUUUUAAACCUUUACCUAUUAAAAUUGAAGAAAAUAG